UUGUCUUGUUGAUGCGUAAAUGUAAAUAUGAAGUUUGUCGUGAUUGACAGGUGAGAGUGGCUCCGCCCCCUCUGCGAGUUGACCAAUGAGCGCGCGGCAGCGGGGAUGCGCACACCUGAUCAUCUCCGGACGAGGAAAGUUUCUUCAUCAUUGGAUUAUGAUUACGACCUUCGAUGAUGUGGAUUUAUCUGUCUGUGGAUCAUUAAAUACAGUUUCUCUUCGUCGUCUCUGUGUGUUUACAGCAGUUUGCAGUUCAUUUCCUGACAUUGUUCAAGAGCUCAAGGUCUGACGCAGAGUUUCUGUUUCUGUCAUGAUCAGCGGGGUUGAGUUCAGCGCUGGCCACCUGAAGCACAGAUCUUCAUCAUGCAUCUGGUGCUCGAAAGUCUGCGGCUUCAUCUUCCUCCUCGUCUUCAUCAUGGCGUCUUACGUGCUGUCCAGCGAGAGGAAGACUCAGCUCUUCACUCCGUAUCUGAUAGAGGAGGACCUGAGUGAAGACGCUCUCAGAGACGUGGUGCGCAGCAUCGCAACUAAAGUGAAGUUCAGAGCCAGACGUGUUCCUGACGUCAGUGAGCUGAUCAUCCUCGAGGAACACAUGUUCUCUGUGGCUCCGCGGCGCUUUCUGCCGGACGUUAAGAACCCCUGCUGGUUCGAGGAGCUGCGUGGAGACGUGAGCGCGGAUCCGUACGGAUCAAACCUGUUUGGCCGCUCCUUCAGACAGAUACAGCUCAUCUUUGAGCAGCUGAGCGGCUCGUUCACACAGCGAUUGACACGGCAUGAUGGGAGACUGCAGCGGCUGCGCUGUCUGCCCUACUUCUACAUCAUCGGCCAGCCCAAGUGUGGCACGACGGACCUGUACGAGCGCCUGAGGCUUCACCCGGACGUCCGGCUCACGCCGCCCAAAGAGCCGCACUGGUGGAGCAGGAAGAGGUUCGGAAUCAUUCACUCCGGGGAACGUCCUCAAACACGCUUCCCGCUGGACCAUUAUCUGGACCUGUUUGACCCGGUGGCCCUUCAGAUACAGCAAAGCCUUCUGGGAAACUCCAGCAGCAACAUCAUCACCGGUGAGGCCAGCGCUUCCACUAUGUGGGACAAUGAUGCCUGGCUGUAUCUCUAUGGCAACAGCACAGGGGCGGAGCCUCCGUCACUCGUCCAGGACUUCAUUCACGCGCUGCAGCCGGACACACGACUCAUCGCCAUCCUCAGAGACCCCGUGGAGAGGCUGUAUUCAGAUUAUUUGUACUUCGGCACGGCUAAUAAAUCAGCGCUGGACUUCCAUCAGAAGGUGUGUGAGUCUCUGCGGAUGUUCGAGGGCUGUCUGCGGGACGCCGGGCUCAGAGCGUGUGUGUACAACAGCACACUCAACAAAGCCAUGAGCGUGCGUCUGCAGGUGGGCCUGUAUGUGGUGUUUGUUCUGGACUGGCUGUCAGUCUUCAGCCGUGAUCAGCUCUUAGUUUUGCGUUUGGAGGAUCACGCUUUAAACCCGAGGCCCAGCAUGAGCAGGAUCUUCCGCUUCCUGAGCUUAGGAGCGCUGUCUGAUCAGAGACAGAGACAGAUCAGCAAGAGUCCCGUGUCUAACCCCAGACGUGCGUCCGACAGGGACCUGGGGCCGAUGCGUCCCGCCACACGAGAGCUGCUCACGCUGUUCUACUCUCCGUUCAGUCAGAGACUGGCGGAGGUUCUGCAGGACGAGUCCUUCACGUGGGACCUGUGAGAGCGUGUGGACGAUUGUUGAUUCACUGGAUCAUAAAUGUAGCUGGAAGUAUUUUUGUAAAUGAUGUAGUAUUUUUAAAACACAGAGAAAAACAGACGGUCAUUUGUGUUUGAGUCACUGACACCUGCUGGUCAGAUACGUCCAGAUUUACUUUCCUGCCAUAAUUAGAUUUAUGAAUCUUGUGACUGUAUCAUUCAAUUAUUGACACUGAAAACGACUUCAGAUCAUAAUAAUGGAUUUAAUACAACUACACUAGAUUAAACACUUCAGAUCAGGUCUUUUUUUUUAGGAUACAUUUUCUUUCUCUUCUUAUUACUACUUUUA